AUGUCGCGAGUCGAAGAGCUUCCGGAUGACUUUGACGAGUCGCUCAACCUCAACGAUGUUCCUCCCGAGGUAAACCAGGGCCUUCCCCAACCCGGCUUCGAUGCCUUCGCACCCGGCAACGAUCUUCCCUUCCCGAUCAAUGAGGAGGGUCUAAAGGCGCGUCAAUCUGAUCCCAAUGCGCCUGAUCUACCACCGGCUAUUGCAGCCGUUCAAUCGCAUUCCAAGGAGGAGCUUUUCAAAAUGAUGAACCAGACUCCCCUAUUCAUGACCGAUAUUGAGAAUGCGGGUGACGAGAAUGGCGAAAACGUACUCUUGGACGCUCUGCAGGCUAUGCAGAACGAAGGUACCAAGGCUGAGGUCGCGCAAACCUUCAAGGAACAGGGUAACGAAGCCGUAUCGGAGCUUCGAUGGAUUGAUGCCAAGGAGUUCUAUACCAAGAGUAUUGCUGUCAUCUAUGCCAAGGUCGACAAGUGGGAAAAGCCUGAGGACCCCAAGGCCGAUGCGGCAUUGUUGCGCAAGCUGGAAGAGGUGUCGCACAUCAACCGAGCCCUGUGCAACCUGGAACUAGGAAACUACCGCGCCUGUACCCUCGACUGUGCUGCCGCCCUCAAGGUGAACCCCAAGAACGUAAAAGCCUUCUACCGCUCAUCCAUGGCCCUGUUCAAGCUCGACAAGAUCGCCGAAGCUGAGGAUGCCGCAAACCGUGGUCUGGCCAUUGACCCAGAAAACAAGUCCCUUAAAACCGUCUCCCAAAAGAUUGCCGAGCGCAAGGCCGCGGUGGAGCGUGCAGCCGCCAGGAAGAAGGCAGAGGAAGAAAGGCUGCGCAAGCAGAACAUGGUUCUAAGCACCGCUCUGCGCGCCCGCCAAAUCAGAACCCGCAAGACCGAACAGCCCCCCGAUAUGGAAGAUGCCAAGAUCAGACUCGUUCCCGAUCCUCUGUCGCCGGAGAGCACUGUCGAGUUCCCAGCUGUUUUCUUGUACCCAAUCGAGGCACAAUCUGACUUUAUCAAGUCGUUCUCUGAGAUGAACUCCAUUACGGAUCACCUGGAGUACAUUUUCCCUCUGCCUUGGGAUACCAAGAAGGAAUACAACAUCAACAAUGUUGAAUGCUUCAUGCAAACCGUCUCUGGUGGUUUGAUCAAGGCCGGCAAGAAGCUGCCUUUGCUGCAGAUCCUCUCUGGUGGCAAGGUCGAGGUUGUGGAUGAGCUUGUCAGCAUCUUCAUUGUGCCUCUCUCGAAGACUGGCAAAUUCAUUGCAGAGAUGAAAGCUCCUCUUGAUCGCCGCUGGCUUUCAGUGGAAGUCCAGAUGCAGACCAACUAUCAUACCUCUGGCGGAAGUUAA